UUCCACUGUCCGCGCCCAGCAGACUAUAACUGCACGCUUUAGCUACUCUGGAUUAAUCAAUGACAGGUGUUAACAAUGUCGAUAUCAAGGGACGAUAAGCUGAGCCCUGGCGCAAGACUCCUGCGAGAUCUCACGAACCCGCUUCCUACGCAGUUUCGUCCAGAAAGAGACAGUGGCACAGAGGUGUACAGACAGCGCAGCGAAGAAAUGCAGAACCCAAAUAGCAAGAGAGGGAGUGCGGUGAGCGGGCAAGAUGCCAGGCGCUCCGCGAAUGGAUAUAUGCCGAUCGAGGAUUACGGGCUCAUUGGGAACAUGAGAACCUGCGCUAUGGUUGGGACUGAUGGCGGACUAGAUUAUAUGUGUUGGCCUCACUUUGAUUCACCGUCAGUUUUCUGUCGCAUAUUAGACAAAGACAAGGGUGGACACUUCACGAUCAGUCCUGCCGGCGAAGACCCCUGCACGACAAAGCAAAGCUAUCUCCCCGCCAGCAAUAUCCUGCAAACGCGAUAUUUGAAGGAAGAGGGGGUUAUGAACGUGGUCGAUUUCUUCCCACGUCCAGACAACAAGGCUCUGGACGCACAAUAUCAUGCAAAUGUAAUUGCAAGUGACAACACUGGCAAUGUGGCGGAACGACCGGAUUUGAAGAAGUGGCUGGUACGGAGAGUCGAAUGCAUGCGUGGGGAGGUCGAUGUAAAUGUCGAGAUUAUCCCAGCCUUCAACUAUGCACAAGACAAACACAAAACUGAAAUCGUUGAUGUUGACGAUCCUGCUAAACAGCAAAAGCAACACCAGAGCGUUGUCUUCAGGUCCGAGAAAUUGGCUUUGGAACUCAACGCAACGAUCGAUUGCGGGGAGGAAGAGGGUGAUGCCUGUCCAAGCGUAAUAUUCAAGAAGAACUCGACGCUUUCUGACCUUGGAGACGGAAUCAACAUAAGUUUUCGCCUGACCGAGGGACAAGCCGUCUCAUUUAUUAUUCGGGAUGCAGACGAUCAUGCCCCUGAUCAUAUCGAUACCGCAAUGGUCGAUGAGCUGCAGAUGAGUACCCACAAAUACUGGUCGAGAUGGAUCAAGGGAUGCAAGUACAUGGGGCGUUGGGCAGAGGUGGUUGCGAGGAGUCUGUUUCUCUUGAAGAUGCUGUCGUUCGAGCCGACCGGAGCGAUCAUCGCAGCACCUACAUUCUCCUUACCCGAAGAUAUUGGAGGUUCUCGGAAUUGGGACUAUCGCUACUCAUGGGUUAGGGACUCAUCGUUUACGAUCUACAUCUUCCUUCGCAUGGGCUUCAGUCAUGAAGCAGAGGCUUAUACGAGCUACAUCUUCCAACGUGUCAAAGAAGCCAAGGCACGACAUGGCGCGUUGCCCAUCAUGUUCACCAUUUGGGGCGAGACAGAUAUCCCCGAGACUGAGCUCGAACAUCUAGACGGUUAUAGAGGUAGUAAACCUGUGCGAAUCGGCAACGGUGCAGCUUUCCACAUACAGCUCGACAUAUACGGCGAGCUACUGGACGGUAUCUACCUUGUCAACAGAUUCGGACGACCCAUCACAUACGAUCAAUGGCUUUCUGUCCGAGAAAUCGCAGACUACGUCUGCACCAUCUGGAAAGAGGAAGACAUGUCGAUCUGGGAAGUACGAGGGAAGAAACAAAACUUCGUCUACAGCAAAAUCAUGCUAUGGGUCGCUCUCGACCGAGCUCUUCGACUGGCAGACAAGAGAAGUUUCCCCAGCCCUAACCGAGCGGAAUGGCUACGUGUUCGGGACGAGAUAUGCGAAGAGGUCAUGGACAAGGGGUACAACCAAGAGCUGGAGUGUUUUAUACAGAGUUACGAGGCAAGGGAUGUGCUGGACUCGGCGGUGUUGAUCGCGCCCUUGGUGUUCUUCAUUUCGCCGACAGACCCUCGUUUCACGAAGACGCUCGACCGUAUCUUGAAGGCACCGGAGAAGGGAGGCUUGACGAGCACGGGUCUUGUCUAUCGAUACAACUCCACAAAGAGCGAUGACGGCGUGGGAGGUCGUGAGGGCGCCUUUAGCAUGUGUACCUUCUGGCUUGUGGAAGCCUUGACAAGAGCGGGUGCAUAUGACGAGAAAUAUCUGCUGCAGGCGGUUACUAUUUUCGAAAAUAUGCUGAGCUUUGGCAACCAUUUGCACAUCUUUUCGGAAGAGAUUGCACGUUCGGGAGAGCAGUUGGGUAAUACACCGCAAGCUUUCAGCCAUUUGGCCUUGAUAUCGGCGGCUUUCAACUUGGAUAAGACUUUGAACGCAGCGCGAGGGAUCUAAUUCGGAAGAGUAAUACGCGCAUCCACGAAAGAGUUGACUGAUUUUAUAGAAGCAUAUUAGACUGCAUGGUCUGAGAGGUUUUACUAAGAUGUAUUAGUCAUAAUGGUUUGUAGAGCAUGUUAUGCCAGUCCGUAAAGAAGGCGGAUGGACUGUACAUCCAGCAGGUACAGUAUCACAGUAAAUCAAAUCCACAAG